UACCGUUAAAAAUAAGUUCGUGUUUUUUCAGUUUUUAAAUUUUUUUUUUAAUUAUAAAAGUUUUUUGAAUUAAGUAUGACAGAAGUUCGAAGAAAUAUACCUUCUUUUUCGACUGUUACUUCUAGCUUUAAAUCAUACAUUACAUCUUUACCGCUAUUAACUACGACCAUCACGUGUAUAUCAAUUUUAUUUUAUGUGUUUGAGUAUGUGUACAAAGCAUUAUUUUCGGAUACUAUUUACAAUUUGCUAUCACUUUCACCCGUUUCAUUCUUUAGUGGACAAGUGUGGCGUUUAGUUACGUUUCCUUAUCCAUCUGAUUCACUUGGAAAUAUACUUUUUAAUUUACUUGCAUUUUUACCUUUAAGUACAGCAAUAGAACAUACGAUUGGUACAUUAGAAUAUUUUUAUAUAUUAAUGACUAUAUUUACAAUACUUUCAGGUUCCUUAUAUUUAUUAGGUUCACUGAUUUUUGAUUAUAAAGAUGUCAAUAUUGGUGGUUUAAGUGUUUGGAUGUUUGGUGUUGUUGUUUGGGAGAGUAGAGAAUUAGCUGGACGUGAAAGGGACAUACUUGGAUUUUUUAGAGUUCCAGCACACUUUUAUCCUAUUGUAUUGUUAUUGUUGAUGGAAAUUUUAUUUCCACCUAAUUGGUUUGCUAGUCAUUUGUGUGGCUUAUUUACGGGAUAUUUUUAUUCCUUUGGAUAUCUAUCAUGUAUAAUACCAUCUUCAAGAUAUUUUUCAAAUUUGGAAAGUAAAUUUUCUUAUUUAUCGAAUUUGCGUGGUUUCGUUAAAGCAGAUGAGGGUAGUAGAGGUGGAUGGUGGUUACCAUUAUGGAAUCAAGAUGUUGAUGGAUUAGAAGAUUCGCUUGAAUCUCCUAUACAUAGCAAUAAUGAUGGUGGUGCAAUUGGUGGAGGUGAAGGUGAUCAUGAUGUCCGUGAUAAUAAUGUUCGUGAUGGCCAUGUCAGUGGUGGAGGUGAUGGGGAUAAUACUCUUCUUAACCCAACAAGCGCAACUCCACAAAAUGCACGAUCGAUAUCUCCAGAGAUAUCAACGCCUGUAUUUGUCGUGCCAUCCUCAAACGAAUCAAGUAGAGCUAAUUCUCCUGAUACUUCCCCCUUAACUGAUAAUAAAAAUUCCGAGACCACAACUUCAACACAAAUAAAUAACGAUAUUGAAUUUGAUUAUCUUCUUCAUCAAGAUAAUUCAUCUAAAGAUGUAAAAUUAGUAAGCGAUGAUUGAGUAUUUGCAAAAAUCCGAAAAUUUUAAGUGUAAUCUUUUACUGUAAAUAUAUUUUACAUAUUUUGUAUUAGUUAUUGAAUUUAUUAAUAUUAUUAAAGUAA